AUGCCUAAGGUGUCGCCCAUGUCACCGCUGAAGCUGCAGGAAGAGUCGGCGCUUCUGGUCGCCACCUUUAUGCCACUCUCUAACAAGGUGGGCAGUCCGUGUGUAGCGCAACAGAGGGAGCAGCCUCCUUUUCCGCGUGCAAUGAGUGAAGUGUCGCCGUGCUCUGGAAGCAACGGGGCGGGGCAAUUUUGUGGCCAUCUCCGUCAGUGCAGUGAUGUCGCGGAAAGCAUUACGACCGUUCUCGAAGUCACUGCUAUGGAAGCUGCAGGACCAGCAGCAACAGUACAAGUGCAAGCGCCAAGGGAUCUGCAUGCGAUUGUCUCUAAGCGAGUCGUUCCGCGCAGUGGUUUCUCUGCGCGUGCCCAACGUCCUUUGCAGCUACAGUUGGCUUUGGGAGGAGACUCACCAGCUGCUGUCGGUGCCCUGCCCACUUGGCUCCCCCCUGUGUCACUCGAGCAACGCAUGAACAACUCUUUUACCAGCGUUACAGACGAAUGUGUCGCUGCUCUCGUAUCUUUCCGGGACGGUCCUUUAAAGCAUGGCUGCAGUCGACGCGGAAGGGGGUUGGGCGUCCAGGACUCACCCAAAACGUCUGACUCACUGAGCAGCUGGUCCAUUAGGACGAACUCAACGCCCGGUGCCCAAGGUGCAGACCGCCAGGUGAUACGGUCGUCUGUAUUCUCGUCCAAGCGAUCGAGGCCUUUGCAUCCCUCGCACGCCAGCUGUCACACACCGACUGGGGGCGUCAUGCCGAUCCCGAGGUCAACAUGCGCGGCGAACGAGGAGCGGGUGGUCACCAUUCACAGUCCACAGUUCGUGGGGCGUGGUGGGUGUGAUGCGUUAGAAAAAAUACUUCGGUGGGACGUUGUGGACCGCAGCGGCGAUGUGGAGGAUCUCUGCGCGUUACGCCGAAGAUCGUCGGUGCCUGUGGCGGUGGUCUCGCGCCAACAGGUCGGCGGUUCGUUACCCGCUGUGGUCCCCGUGACGCCGCUCUCCGUUGUGGAAGAACUCAUGAACGGCGAUAAUGACGACGACGGCAGCCUCAGUGGAUUGUCGACGUUCCUCCGAGGAAAUGAGAGACACGUGUUGGCGGUGCCGGAAAAAGAAAUCGGAAAAAUAUCAUGGCAGCACUCGGUCCUCAACUCAGGUGACCGUGCACGUGACGAGAAGCAGUUAUUGGCUAACACUACCGGUGUGGCUUGUGGUGUGCGUAUUAUCCGCCGCAAUCCAGAGAAAAUGCUUUAA